GCAUCUCUGGACGGAUCCAAGGUUCGCUGUCGUUAUCGACAAGAGUUAAGUAUCUCUGUGUCAGCUGACACCAGCUGACACUGUCAACCACCCGGAGGUACUCUGGCACGAGAUGAAUACCGCGGCACAGGAUGAGCGAAACCAGGUCGUUCGCAAGAGAAUGCUCGACCUGCAUGACGUCCGCGUGGGAAAAGUCCCGCAGAACUCGCCCUGGUUGAGAAGCGUGCGCUUGAACUACACGCAGGACGGUCGCUCUAAGGACUGGGACAUCAUCAGGAUCCACGACAGCGUGUGUAUAAUCGUCUUCAACACGAGUAGCAGGAAGCUCGUGUUCGUCAGACAAUUCCGGCCGGCGGUGUACUACGCGUCCCUACCGGAGGAGCAGGACGCGGUCGACGUUCAGCGCUAUCCCGCGACACUGGGGCUGGCCUUGGAGCUCUGCGCCGGAAUCGUGGACAAGGAUAAACCCCUCGUCGAGAUCGCUAGGGACGAACUGAAGGAGGAGUGCGGCUACGAGGCACCUACCUCCGCGUUUAAGCAAAUUACUACGUAUCUAUCCAGUGCCUCUGCCAGUGCAAAGCAGACUCUUUUCUACGUCGAAGUCACGGACGACAUGCGGAUACACCCUGGUGGCGGUGACGAGUCCGAAGGCGAAGUCAUAGAAGUGGUGGAAUUGAGUGUUCCUGAGCUGAAGGAUUACACGAGAUCCAAAGAGAUACAAAGUCCCUCCAGUUUCCUCUACGGUGUGUCUUGGUUCCUUCUUAAUAAACCUGAGUACUGCUAAAUAAAGCAAAACUAGGAAAGGCCUCUUGCUCGGCCAUUUAAAAUAAAUUAAAGAACGACAAAUUAAAAAUAGAUACCAAUGCUACAUCGUUCAACCGCGUUUAUUUACAAAUAGAGCAUUUAUACACAAGCAAUGACGAGAUACUUGCACAAUUAAAGUUUAUACAGAAUUACAAGGA